UUCUUCAUAGAACGGACACAUGAACCGGAAAUUUCUUGAGCGGUUCUCCGCAGUGCUAACGGUUGAAUAGCUGCAGAGCACCACUCCGCGACUCCUACGCCAUGUCUGUUAAAUUAAACGCGUUGAAUAGCGAUUCUUACAUUGAUAUCAGUCAAUACAGAGACCAGCAUUUUAAGGGUAACCGCUAUGACCAGGAGAAGCUGCUGAAGCAGAGCCACACUUUGUAUGUGGGGAACCUCUCCUUCUACACCACAGAGGAGCAGGUACACGAGCUGUUUUCUAAAAGUGGAGACGUCAAGCGAAUCAUCAUUGGCCUGGAUAAAAUCAAGAAGACAGCCUGUGGAUUCUGUUUUGUAGAAUACUACACACGUGCAGACGCAGAACAUGCCAUGCGCUUCAUAAAUGGCACACGGCUGGACGACCGUAUCAUCAGGACAGACUGGGACGCCGGCUUCAAAGAGGGACGACAGUACGGUCGCGGUAAAUCUGGAGGACAGGUGAGAGACGAGUACAGGCAGGACUAUGACCCGGCCAGAGGUGGCUAUGGUAAGCUGGCUCAGCAUCCAACCACAGACUCACGUAAUAGUUUUUAGACUUAACCCUACCGCAGCAGUCCGCCUGGACUGCACAGAGCCCUGUCGUCAGUCCUGGACUGGACUAAUCCUCGAACAAUGCCACAACAUGCCACCACAGAUUGUUUGUCACAGUGUUACCACGAAACCCUCCACAGCAGCCCUGCAUGAAUCGCUGGACUCCGGAAAUUUGCAGCUGUUAUUUAUUUCUUUUGGAGGCUUGUUUCCUCUUCUGACUGCCUCUGAGACUUCCAUACCUGCUAUCAGUCUACAUGGUAGCAGAGGCCAGACCCUGUGUAAUACUGUGUCAUAUUGUCACUAUGUUGCCGAUAGAAAUACCAUAAUGUACAUUUCCCCACAGGCUGGAAAACUGUAUCCAAUAUCUUGUAUAGUCUCCAUGUCAGGCUCAAAUAAUAGUCGGCUGAAGUGCUGAUUUCCAUGAAUGAAACUUUGUGUCACUAACUGUGUAUACUUUUUUUAAGUAAAGAAUUUUUGACAUUUA